AUGCAGACCGACCAAAGCCUGCUCACUCCGGGCGUUCAAGUAUGGGUGCCUCACCCGACUGAAGGAUUCCGGGCGGCGGAGGUCGUCGAACCCGUACCCAAGAAGGGAUUCAAAGUUCGCAUUGACGAGGACGAAAAGCCGGUCGAGGAGAUUCAUCCACACACCGACAUAUGGCUGCGCAACCCGGCCAUUCUCGAGGGCGUGGACGACCUCACCAAGCUCAGCUACAUGCACGAGGCCGCCAUCCUCCACAACCUCCACAUGCGUUACAUGACCAUGCAAGUUUACACCUACACUGGCCCCAUUUUGAUUGCUGUGAACCCCUAUCAGCGGCUGCCCAUCUACAGCAAGCAGAUGAUCUCCCAAUACUGCGGCCAGCCUCUCGGCGUGCUGCGCUCUGAGAGCUACGGCAAGCGAUCCCCGCACGUGUACGCGAUUGCCGAGGAUGCCUUCCGUGCGAUGCUCACCGAGCGGCGCGCGCAAUCGAUCCUCGUGUCCGGCGAAUCCGGCGCCGGCAAGACGGAAACGGCCAAGUUCCUGCUGCAGUACUUUGCCGCGAUGGGCGAAGAAAACAAGGGUGAAGGCAACGUCCACAACCAGGUUCUGGAGUCGACGCCGCUGCUGGAGGCGUUCGGUAACGCCAAGACGCUGCGUAACGACAACUCUUCGCGCUUCGGUAAGUUCAUCGAGAUCCAGUUCGAUCGCAGCGGCAACAUCGCCGGCGCCUCCAUCCACACCUACCUGUUGGAGAAGUCGCGGAUCGUGCGGCAGAUGAACGGAGAGAGGAACUACCACAUCUUCUACCAGCUCAUCGCGGGUGCGACCGACGACGAGAAGGCGAAGUACCACUUGACCUCUGUUGCGGACUACCGCUACGUCAGUCAGAGCGACUGUAUGGAGAUCGAAGGUGUGGCGGACGAGAAGGUGUUCGGGCACACGAAGAAGGCCCUCACCAUCGCCGGCAUCGGAGCCGACCUGCAGUCGGAGAUGUGGAAACUCGUCUCCGCCAUCCUCCACCUCGGCAAUUGGAAGAAGGGAAAUGACGGUCCUCUCCAAACGGCGUGUUCGCUGAUGGAGUGCGACUUCGAGGGCAUAAAGAGCUCGCUCACACAGCGGAAGGUCGUUGCCGUGCGCGAGGUCUACAUUGUCGACCUGGACGACGAACAGUCCGAGGGCGCCAGGGACGCGCUUGCAAUGCUGCUCUACUCGCGCCUCUUUGACUGGCUGGUCGUGGCGCUGAACGACAAUCUGCAGCGGAACAAGAAGCCCGGCUCGUCGGAUGACGUCUUCAUCGGCGUGCUCGACAUCUACGGCUUCGAAUCGUUCGACGUCAACAGCUUCGAGCAAUUCUGCAUCAACUACGCCAACGAAAAGUUGCAGCAGCAGUUCAAUCAGCACAUGUUCAAGGUGGAGCAGCAGGAGUACCUGAAGGAGAAGCUCGACUGGUCCUACAUCAACUUUAACGACAACCAGGAGUGUCUGGACCUCAUCGAGAAGAAGCCGCUCGGCAUUCUGUCGCUGUUGGAUGAGGAGUGCCGCUUCCCCAAGUCCUCACCCAAGAGCUUGGCUCUCAAGCUCAAGCAAAAUCACGUCAAGAGCAAGUACUUCAAGUCGGAUCCGCGCCAGUCCGAGAACUCGUUCGUGAUCCACCACUACGCCGGAAGCGUAGGCUACGAUACCACCUUUUUCCUUGACAAGAACAAGGAUUUCUUGAUCGAGGACCAGGUCAAGGUGCUCCUCGACAGCAAGUCGUCGUUCGUGCGCGGCAUCUUCGCGCCCAAGCCUCAGCCCGCCGCGGCCCCAGCAAAGGGCGGGCGGAGCGAGAGCUCGGCCGUCAAGUUUGUCUCCGUGGCCGCGCAGUUUAGGGAUUCGCUGGCCGAGCUGAUGAGCACCAUCGAAAAGACGUCGCCGCACUACGUGCGCUGCAUCAAACCCAAUCCUCAGAAGAAGCAGGGUAUCUUUGAGAAGCCCAAGGUACUCGAACAGCUGCGAUGCGGCGGUGUGCUCGAAUCGGUGCGAGUGUGUAUGGCGGGGUACCCGGGCAGGCACAGCUACGACCAGUUUUACAAGCGCUACCGCUUGCUCGUGCCCUCGGCUGGCUCCGGCGCCUCCGAUGCGCAGACCGCGACCAAGGAGCUCGUGGCCGCACUCAAGCUCGGCGAAGGCCAGUUUCAGUUCGGUCUCACCAAGCUCUUCCUCAAGGGCGGAGAGAUCGCUAUUCUGGAGAGGAAGAGGGGCGAGAAGCUGAGUGAUGCGGCGGUGAUGAUGCAGAAGACUUGGCGCCGCUUCAAGGCCAAGCAGCACCUGCGCCGCCUCAAGGACAGCCUCAUCCGCAUGCAGUCAUUCGUACGGAUGGUGUUGGCCAAGAAGCUGCUCGUCGUGCUGCGGCGACAGAGGGCGGCCACCAACAUCCAGAAGACUCUGCGGGCGUGGCGCGCCCGCACGCGAUUCGCCAAGCAGAAGAAGGCUCUCAUCUACGUCCAGCGCGUUUUCAAAGCCAAGCGAGAAAAGAGAAUACUGCGUGCGUUGCGGAGGGAGAAGGCGGCCACGGCCAUCCAGGCCGCCAUUCGGGGCAAGCUGCAGAGGAAGCGCUACCAGAAGGCCUACCGUCAGGUCGCCAUCGUUCAGGGCCUCUGGCGGGUGAAGAAGGCCAAGGCCCUGCUGGAGAAGCUCAAGCGGAAGGCCCAGGCGCUGUCCAAGGUCGUCGCAGCCAAGGCCGCGCUCGAGAAGAAAGUCGACGAAAUGGAGCUGCGCUACGCGGUGGAGAGCAAGAUGAAGAAGAAGGUGGAGAAGGAGAACGCGCGCAUCAAGGCGGAGGUGGAGGAGCUCAAGAAGACCAUCAAGGACAUGAAGAUCCUCGAGGAGAAGCGAGAAAAGGAAAAAGAAGAAGCCGCUGCGCGGAGAGAGAAGGAGGGCCACAACAAGGCCCGCGGACACGAGAGGGAACUCGAAGAGCUCAAGGCGAAGCUGCGCGAGGAAUCCGAAGCGCGCGCUGCGUUGGCUGCGGAGCUCGACCAGGCCCGGUCGACGCUCGACCACACCAGCGCCCGCGCGGACGAGGCCGAGCGCCAGCGCGACGUCGCGCAGGCCGAGGUCGCGCAGCUGCGCGAGCGUCUCGCAGUGAUCGAGAGCGGCGACGCCGAGAAGGAUCGUACCAUCGCCGAGCUCCAGCGCGACGCCGAGAAGCUCCGCAUCCGCGCGCCCAAGAAGAAGAUGGACGGCGAGAAGAUGGAGCGCCUGCAGGACCGCAAGAGCGACUACGCUUCGAUGAAAUCGCUGCGCGAGGGCCACCUGUCGACAUCGUCGACGGCGCUGGUCGACCUCGGCGGCGGCCGCACCCGCUCGCGCGCGUCGUCGACCGACGAGGCGGCGGCUGCCGGCGGCGGCGACCAGGCCGAGGCCGAGCGCGAGCGCAAGCUGCGACUGGGGCGGUCGCCGUCGGCUCGCGACAUCAGGCCGCGCGAUCGGCAGCGGGCCAAGGAGAAGGAGCAGGACAAGCAGCGGCUCGAGCGCGAGCGAGAAAAGAAAAAGAAGGAAAAGUCAUCGACGACGGGUUCGCCGGCCUCGUCGCCCUCGGGCUCGCCGUUGGUGGCCCGCGGCGGCGGCAGCGGGCCGGAGAAGCCAGCCCAGACCUCUCCCAAGGUGGCCAAGCUCGUCCUGCCCGCCAGGACCGACAUCGACGCCCAUGUCGACGUCGACAGCGAAAGCGACGAUGACAUCGCCACUGUCGACAAGGAGAAGAAGAGCGUCGCGGCCGCCGAGACCUCGACACCAGCGGCUGCGGCUGCGGCUGCGACGACCGUGGCAUCAUUACCGACGCCCGCGACUGCAGCCAAGACGGUCGAUGUCGCGCGACCCACAGCGCCCGAGCGGGCAGAGAGCGACUACGUCGACUCGCGCAACCUGUCGGACAAGGACAGGGAGCGACGCGAGGUGGAGCGCGGCAUCAUCGACCGCCUCAAGAACAAGUACGAGGGCAAGCACUCGUUGGUGGGACUGGACAACGAGGCCAUCAUGACCCUCCUCCCCGAUGCGCGCGACGUGACCUCGCGCAACUUCAUCCGCUUCCUCCUGUCGGAGCUCGAGCCGGGCUUCGUGUCCGGCGUCCCCGUGCCCGCGUUCGUCAUCUACUCCUUCCUCUGCUUCUGGAACCUCCUUGCUCCUCAGACGAGCCCGCGAAAGGCAGAAGGGGAGGCGGACGACACGCUGGGCUUUAUCCUUGAAGGCAUCUACGACGGAGCCAAGGCCACCUUCCGCGAAAACGAGAUGAUCAUCUAUUGGCUGUCGGUGGCAAGCUCGCUGUGCCACCUGGUCGACCAGCGGUUGGUCCGCGGCGGCAGCGCUGACGCGAGCGACUCGAGCGCGACCGCCGGCGUCGCUGCUGCGCUGCCCGACGAGCUGUUCGUAAUGGACAGCCUGGAGGACGUUGUCGACGACGAGUCGAGCCUCAGCUUCACCAACAAGCAGCGGGCCGAGAUUCGCGCCGGGUCGUUCACGGCCCACCAGUUCAAGCAGCACCUGCGCGAGCUCGUGAAGCGGCUCUACACGAUCCUCCUCAAGCGCGUCCACGAGAGCCUCGAACAGACGCUCAACGAGACCGUGUUGGGCAAGGACUGGACCUCCCCUUCGCCUUUCCGCUCCGGCCCACAGCAAAGGGUUGCGGUCAAGAACACGUCGAGCGAUUCGAUCACGGCUCUGUUGUCCCAGUACCUGCUGGGCCUCGUCCAGAACUUCAUCUACCUCUCCCUCGUGCAGAAAUUCUUCAGCCAGGUCCUGUGGUUCAUCAACUCGAUCCUGUUCAACGAGGUGUUGCUCUGCACCCAGUUCUGCUCGACCACCAAGGCCAUGGACCUCAAGGUCCACAUGGGCAACAUCGACCGAUGGAUCCAAGAAGAGGGCGGCCUGUGGCUCGAGAACUCGCAAGGCCAGCUGGCGCACCUGGACCAGUUGAUAACGCUGCUGAUGAUUAACAAGAAGCACAUCGUCUCGUCCGACCAAAUGCGCAAGGAGGUCAUCCCCAAGCUCAACAUCCUGCAGAUCAAGCAGGUGCUCGCCAUGUACACCCCCACCGAUCUGGAGGAGCGUAUCUCGCUCCCGGACAUACAGAAGCUGGACAGGGCCGCCCGCGCCAGCAGUGGCGGCGGCGACGACGACGCGCUGCUGCUCGAGAGCACCAAGCUGCUCCCGCUCGCGGCCAAGGAGCUGCACUACCUCGAGCUCGACGACGCCAACAGCAUCCCGUUCCCGUUCGAGAUCAAGCAGAAGAUCCACGACAUCGUCGAGCAGGACAUCCUCAAGCGGAUGACCGUCGCCACCAAGGUCCAGCAGGUGCGCGAGAAGAAGGGCCGCUUCAGCAUGCUCCUCUACACCAGCCGCGGCAGUAAGAAGAGCGACGCCCUCUCGACCGGCGCCGGCGACGAGUCGACAACGUCAUCACCUUCGUCGUCAUCGUCACCUUCACCAUCACCGACGACGCCUCGCGCGGCCGCGUCGGCGCUGGGUGCGGGCUCGCCGAGCUCGCCCCGCGGCGGUAGCGGGCUGUCGUUCCUGCAGAGGCUCACCGAAGGGUCGGGCAUGCUGCCACAGCGCCGGAGCAGCAGCCCAGUCGCCCACACCCCGCGGGAGCUGCGCCUCGCACAGGCGCAGUCGCAGCAGCAGCCCAGCUCGCCCGCGACAUCGACUGCGGCGCCGGCGGCCGAGGACGACGGGCGGAAGGCGGUGGGUCUGGGCAUCAGGCGGCCUAUGCGGGGCCGAGUCGGCGGCGAGGAGGAUGGCGAGGAGGAGAGGGAGCGCAGGCGGCGAGAGCAGGAGGAGAUCGAGCGGCUCCAGCGCGAGAUCGAGCGAAAGGAGCGCGAAGACAAGGAAGCGAAAGCGAAAGCGGAGAGCGAAAAAGAGAAAGAGAAAGCGAAAGCGAAGGCGCACAAUGCCGACCUGGGCGGCGAAGAGAUUGUCAGGAGCGCUGUCGACACCACCCGCGUCGGCAGCGGCGGCGGCGGUGGCGGCGGUGAUGAUGAUGAUAGCACGAGCGACAGUGACAGCGAUGGCGACGAGAUCGUGUUCGACGAGGAGGACGACAGGAACGAGUCGGCGAGGCGGACCAAGGCGGCCCUCGACGCCGUCAUGCACAGGCAGGGCAGGACCGGCAGCUUUUGGUCCUCCUUCUUCAAGUGA